UUUUCAUACAUAAAUAAACAACUCCGCAAGAGAAGGCGGAGCGACCGAGCAAGUCACAAAAGCUACCUCUACCAGACCAGAAGAGUCAACCCAACGAAAGGCUUCCGUGAACAAAUAACUUCAUAAAACAACAGUAAUUUCUUAAAUGUACUAGCAAUAUUCCUCAGCAGAAUUCUAAGCUAUAAACUAUUAUUAUUAAUAGAUAAAAAAUUCAAGAGUAUACAAAGUGAUCGGAAUACCGGGAUAGACGAGUUCUGGUAUAUGGUGGAUGGUGUCGCACUCACUAUGGGUGUGGCAGGUUCCAAGCUAGAGAAGGCUCUUGGCGACCAUUUUCCCGAAGGCGAACGCUAUUUCGGCCUCGAGAACUUCGGCAACACUUGCUAUUGCAACAGCGUCCUUCAGGCUCUUUACUUCUGUGUUCCAUUUCGUGAAGAACUGCUGGAGUAUUAUUCAAGCAACAAAAAUCCUAGCGAAGGAGAUGAGAAUCUCUUGACAUGUCUGGCAGAAUUGUUCUCACAGAUUAGUUCACAGAAGAAAAAAACAGGUGUAAUAGCUCCAAAACGCUUUGUACAAAGAGUAAGAAAACAAAAUGAGCUUUUCCGUGGAUAUAUGCAUCAGGAUGCCCAUGAAUUUUUGAACUUUUUACUAAAUGAACUUGCUGACAUACUGGAGAAAGAAUCCCACAAAGUGACAAGCUUGCCACAAGCUUCAUCUGCUGAGCAUGUUGCAAAUGGGGUCAAUUAUGCUCAGGUUAAUGGUUUUAAGAAGGAACCGUUGGUUACUUUGGUGCACAAGUAUUUUCAGGGCAUUCUCACCAAUGAGACUAGGUGUCUUAGGUGUGAGACAGUUACAGCAAGGGACGAGACAUUCUUGGAUUUAAGCCUUGAUAUUGAACAAAACAGUUCAAUUACUAGCUGCCUCAAGAACUUCAGUUCUACGGAGACCCUGAAUGCUGAGGAUAAAUUCUUCUGCGAUAAAUGUUGUAGUUUGCAAGAAGCCCAGAAGAGGAUGAAGAUAAAGAAACCACCACAUAUCCUGGUCAUUCAUCUUAAGCGUUUCAAGUACAUGGAACAACUUGGUCGAUACAAAAAGUUGUCAUAUCGUGUUGUGUUCCCACUGGAGCUGAAACUGAGCAAUACAAUGGAAGAUACUGACUCUGAAUACUCUUUGUUUGCUGUGGUAGUUCAUGUUGGGAGCGGCCCAAACCAUGGUCAUUACGUUAGUCUUGUCAAAAGCCACAACCACUGGUUGUUCUUUGACGAUGAAAAUGUGGAGAUGAUUGAUGAAUCUGCUGUCCAGACGUUUUUCGGAUCAGCUCAAGAAUACUCGAGUAACACAGAUCACGGGUAUAUUCUCUUCUACGAGAGCCUUUCUGCUCCCAAGAGCUGAACAAGAGGUUGUCCAAUAACCUUAAAAACUUUUUUUAAUUAUUUUUUGAAAGGCAUGAAAAGGAUUUUUUAUCCUCUAUGUUAUUUUUACUCAAUUUCUGUUUUCGCCAUAAAAUCCCGGACUACCUCAAGACUUAAUAUCGAUGUACAGGGAAUAUCAGUGUUAGUAUUGGCAAUAAAACUGGUGCAUACUUGACAAGAUAA